AUGCCUCCAACAUCGUCUCGACAUGUGCGAAAACCACCUUCCGCUGGCAGCAAAGUUGAACAAGUUAUUUUCGGAAACCUGUGUUUCAAGACCUGGUAUGAUGCACUGUACCCAGAAGAGCUUGUUAGCAAAGAUACGGAGACGUUAUAUGUUUGCUCUUGGUGCUUCCGGUAUACGUGCGACCGUACCGCGUAUGUUGGCCACAUGCGUUUCUGCCAACUCCGAGCCAGCCCGCCAGGCACCCAAAUUUAUUUCGACGAAGGCUAUUCUGUGUGGGAAGUUGACGGAGAAGAUCAUAUGCUUUUUGCACAGAAUCUAUCCCUUUUCGCCAAGCUGUUCCUCGAUCAGAAAUCGGUUUGUUUUGAUGUUGCUGGGUUCCUCUUUUAUCUUCUGGUGUACGUUGACCCUGCCGAUUCAGGGAGCUACCAUAUCUUAGGAUACUUUUCCAAAGAAAAAAUGUCUUGGGAUGCAAAUAAUCUAGCCUGCAUUCUCAUAUUCCCUCCCUACCAACACCAAAAGCUGGGACAAUUUCUCAUGGGCAUUAGCUACCACCUUAGUACGUGGGAAUGGCAAAGAGGAACCGGGAGUAUUGGAGGUCCUGAGCGGCCUCUUAGUGCAAUGGGGGAAAAGAGCUACAUCAGAUUUUGGGAAGAGAGGCUCGCUAGAUAUUUUCUUAAAAAUUUAUCUCCCGAUGGGGGCAAAAAUCCCGCGGGGCCGUCAAGGGCACGAAGAGGACGAAAGACUAAACCACAAGAAGAAAUGUCAUUACAAGAACUUGGCGAGGCUACAGGCAUGCUCGUCGAAGACGUCGUUACGGCUAUAAAGUCAAUGGAGAUCGCAACGGAGGAAAUGCCAAAAAAGAAACGGAAGAGGGCUUCAAAGCGUGAUGACGAAGAUGCUGAGGAGGAAAACAGUGUCGCUGUUAUCAAGAAAUCUAGUGUUUUUGAGUGGGCCAAGAGUCGUGAUAUUGGUUUGCAGGAUCCUAUCAAUGAAAAAGGGUUUCGUGGGAAAUGGGCACAGCGAAACAACAUCGAGCCUCCUUCGCCUGAGGAUGGCUGA